UUGGCACCAGGCAGUACAAGCCUUUCUCUAGCUAUAUAUAAGCAACUGAUUAAGAUAGUAAGAGUGUAGCUACCGAUCGAUAUAAGCAACUGAUUAAGAUAGUAGUAGAUGGGAAUGGGAGCAAUGUGGAUGAAGAGCAUGUUGUUGGUGCUCCUGCUAUGCAUGCUCAUGGUGACUCCAAUGACGGGCGCACGGAGUGAUAACAGUGGCCCUUGGAUGUGGUGUGAUCCUGAGAUGGGCCACAAGGUGAGCCCGCUCACGCGCUGCCGAGCAUUGGUGAAGCUCGAGUGUGUGGGCAACCGGGUGCCCGAGGAUGUCCUAAGAGACUGCUGCCAGGAGGUGGCCAACAUCAGCAACGAGUGGUGCAGGUGCGGCGACCUCGGCAGCAUGCUGCGCAGCGUGUAUGCGGCGCUCGGCGUGGGGGGCGGACCGGAGGAGGUGUUCCCGGGUUGCCAGAAGGAUGUGAUGAAGCUCUUGGUUGCAGGCGUGCCUGCGCUCUGCAAUGUCCCCAUUCCCAACGAGGCGGCAGGCACCAGAGGGGUCUGCUACUGGUCAGCGUCUACGGACACCUAGUCAAGCGAUUAUUAUGCUUUUUAAUAAUUUGUGUGGUGUGUGUGUGCGCGCACAAGAUGAAUAAAAUGAAAUAAUGGUGUAUCUGCC